AUGUCUGCAGUCACAGUUACUAGCUCAAAGAACCACGAUGAGGGUGCUGCCUCCUCCAACAUGAGGUCCACCACCAUCAAGCAAACCGACAACAUCGCUACCCUUUCCAAGUCUGAAAAAUUGACGGCCAUCGACACUUACGGGAACGAAUUCGAGGCCCCAGACUACUCCAUCGGGGACAUUCUUGGGGCAAUCCCAAAACACUGCUACCAGAGAAGCGCCAUCAAGGGGCUCUCGUACGUCGCUAGAGACAUCAUCGCCAUGGUCACUGCAGGAUACCUCGCCAACAACUAUAUCCCAUUAAUCGACAACCAAUGGAUCAGAGGUGGGUUAUGGGCUGCUUAUACCAUCUUCCAAGGUCUUCAAGGUACUGGUCUUUGGGUGCUUGCCCACGAAUGUGGUCAUCGUGCAUUCUCUGACUACGAAUGGCUUGACCAUCUCGUUGGUUGGGUGCUUCACUCGUUCUGGCUCGUGCCAUUUUUCUCUUGGAAAUUCACCCAUAGUAAGCAUCAUAAGGCCACCGGUCAUUUGACCAGAGACAUGGUGUUUGUCCCACCAACCAAAGAACAAUUCUUGGAAAGAAACGGGGCCAAAUCAUUAGCGGAAAUCACCGAGGACUCCCCAAUCACCAGUCUUUGUGACCUCAUCAAGCAACAAAUGGGGGGUUGGAUCGUGUACCUUUUAACCAACGUCACUGGUCAAACUUACGAAGGUUGGGAUAACCACUGGGCCGUGAACCAUUUCAACCCUACUGCCCCGAUCUUUGACGCUAAAGAUUACUACUACAUCAUUCUCUCGGAUCUUGGGAUCUUGACCCAGCUCGUCGUGCUUUAUUUCUGGUACAUCAACUACGGUGGCUGGAACGUCUUGAUCAAUUGGUUCCUCCCAUACUUGGGGGUCAACCAUUGGCUUGUCUUCAUCACUUUCUUGCAACACUCCGAUCCAAUGAUGCCACAUUACGACGCCAGCGUUUGGAAUUUCGCCAGAGGCGCCGCCGCCACCAUCGACCGUGAAUUCCCAUUCAUUGGGCCAUACUUGUUCCACGAUAUCAUCGAGACCCACGUGGCCCAUCACUACUGUAGCAGAAUCCCAUUCUACAAUGCCAGAGACGCCACCGAAGCCAUCAAGAAGGCCAUGGGUAAACACUACAUGUUCAGCAAUGAAAACAUGUGGGUUGCCUUGUGGAAAACCGCUAGAUGGUGUAACUUUGUCGAUGGUGAUAACGGGGUCAAAAUGUUCCGUAACGUCAACCAUAAUGGGGUCAAGCCAAUUGAUGUCGAUGGUAAAGUGGUGGGUUGA